AUGAAGUUUGUCAAAAGUGUGCACACGGUGGCUGCCCUUAGCGGCAUCAUCGCGCCAAAGGAUCUUGAUGUUGAGAGCCAAACUUCUGUUCGCAAUGUCGCUGCGACACUUGCUUACGAGACCAUGACGUACUACUCGGGCAAUACAACGGAUCCCAAGUCGAGGGACUUUGGCAAUCUAAAGCAGCCGUAUUACUGGUGGGUAGCGGGUGCUCUCUGGGGAGCCUUGUUGGAUUACUACCACUACACAUCUGAUCCCAGCUACAACGAUGUUGUCAUCCAGGCCCUACUGGCCCCUACCAACCUUGGCCCCAACAAGAAUUACAUGCCUCCUGAGCACGCCGAUGAGGAAGGGAACGACGACUUGUUCUUCUGGGGCUCUGCUGUCAUGUCUGCCGCUGAGCGCAACUUUCCUCAGCCAAACGCAGACCUCCCCUCCUGGCUCGACAUUUCCAGCAACGUCUUCAACCAACUCGUCGGACGUUGGGACACCAAGCAUUGCGGCGGUGGUCUCUUCUGGCAGAUCCUAGCCAGUAACCCCAACGGUUUAAAGUACAAGAACUCUGUUAGCAACGGCGGGUUCUUCCAGCUUGCCGCACGCUUGGGUCGCGCAACCGGUAACAAUACCUACCUCGAAUGGGCUGAGAAGAUCUGGGACUGGAAUGCUCAAGUUGGCUUCAUCGACAAAGAAAGCUACCGAAUUUAUGAUGGUGCUGACAUCAGUGACGAGUGCAAGUCGACGAACAAGAAGUCCUUCUCCUACACGACCGGCAUCUUCCUCUAUGGCUCUGCGAUCAUGGCUGAACAGACUGGAGACGACAAGUGGAAGCAGCGAACCGAGAAGCUGCUCGAUGAGGCUGGCAAAUAUUUCUUCACUGGAAAGGAUAACAACAUUAUGUGGGAGGCCGAGUGUGAGCCAAAUAGCAAGUGCAACUACGACAUGGUGACUUUCAAGGGCUACCUCUCUCGCUUCAUGUGGCAGACCUCACGAAUCACGCCCUCACUCAGCAAGAAGAUUGAGGACCUCCUCGUUCCGACUGUCAAAGCAGCUGUCGCUACUUGCACGGGCGGCAAGAGCGGUCAUCAAUGCGGAAUGAGAUGGUACGAAGGAGGCUUUGAUGGCACAGUUACUCUCGGUCCCCAAAUGUGUGCCUUGGAAGUCGUCCAGGGUCUUCUCAUCAAGGAUUCUCCCGCACCUCUCAAAGGUAACGACAUCAAACAGAACAAAGACGACCAAUUCAAGCCCAUCGACACAUAUUCCAACAACUUGGCCGUAUCAAGCAAGCGGGAAAUCUCGUCCACUGCAUCCUCACCUCCUGACCCUGCGGCUACUUCAUCUCUUAACAAGGGAAAGGCACCCAAGAAGUCUGAAUCAGCUGCCGUCGCUAGCAACAAGUGGGCCUUAGUGGCAGUGGCAUUUGGCAGCAUCGUCGCAGUUUGGGGUUUGGCAUAG